CAAACAAUAACAAAAAUUAUGUUACAAUAUCUAACUAAUAAUAAUAUUACUAUAUUAUCAUUAAAUCCGUUAACUAUUGUUUUAAUACUAUUUAGCAUUUUGUAUGCUAUCUAUAGAUAUUAUUACAGUACUAAUGGAUGCAAUCAUUGGGAAGCACAGGGAGUUAAAACUGUAUCGUUUGGUUUGUGGACUCGUAUGACAACCAAAUGGUAUCGAUUGGAACAGGAAUUGUACCGAAAAUAUGGUAAAUGUUUCGGUGUCUAUGAGGGUAACCGACCCGUACUCUAUUUGGCCGAUCCGGAACUCAUACGGGAUGUUUUGGUCAAAGAUUUUCAUGUUUUUACUAAUAGACGGGACGUAAGGGCCGGCUUUCUGAUGAACAAAAUGAUAGCCAAUCUGAAAGAUGACGACUGGAAACGCGUGCGGACAGUCAUAUCGCCGACAUUUACAUCGGGAAAGUUACGCAAAAUGUUGCCAUUGAUUACCGAUUGUCUCAAAACAUUGAACUGUAUGCUUGAAACGGCUUCACUGGAAACUGGCCAGCCUUACGAUAUGAAAACCGUUUACUGUGGCUAUACUAUGGAAGUCAUACUACAGGUAUCGUUUGGUGUAAAAGUCGACGCCAUGUUAGACAAAGAUAACCCAAUUAUCCUGAAUGCCGGCAAACUGUUGGCCCACGAGUUUCGGUCACUGUAUCUGACGGUAAUGUUUUUGCCGAAACUGGCCGACUAUUUGCAACUAUCCGUAUUCGAUGAGUCGGUUAUUGAAUUUUUUCACGAUUUUACAUUGAAAGUCAUCGCCGAUCGGCGAAAUCUGAUGAAACAAAUAGCCGCUAACCCUAAUGGACGGUACGGUAAAAAACGGGUCGACUUUUUGCAGCUGAUGUUGGAUUCGGCCGAUAGUAAUAAUAAUGAAUCCAUGGAUGAUAUGAUGGACAAUACCAACACCACCACACAUACCAAUACCAUGGAUGACGAAAAGUAUGGCGAAUAUGAUAAGCAAACUAAUAAUAGUAAUGUAACUAAAAAAUAUCUAUCAAACGAUGAACUAAUAGCUUCGUGUGUCGUGUUUUUUGUGGCCGGCUUUGAGAAUACGAUAACUACUCUAUCGAUAAUCACUUAUUUGUUGGCCGCAAAUCCCGAUUGUCAGCAACGGCUGUACGAGGAAGUGGUCAACUAUUUUAGCAAUCAAUCGGACGAACAGGAGGUCACUGACUACGAGGCCCUGAAUUCAAUGGAAUACUUGGACUCAGUUAUCAAAGAAACUCUACGACUGUAUCCCAAUUCACAGGCCUUGGAACGGGAAGCGGGAGAAGACUACCGAUUGGGUGGACCUAACGGUAUUAGUAUCAAAAAAGGACAGUUAGUUCACAUAUUGAACUAUGCUAUGCAACACGACGGUGCCCUAUAUCCAGAACCGGAACAGUUUCGUCCGGAAAGGUUUUCCAAAGCAAACCAAACGUCCAAACAGGUCAAUCCCUACGCUUAUCUGCCGUUUGGCGGCGGACCGCGUAAUUGUGUCGGUAUGCGAUUGGCACAGAUAGUCAUCAAACUGGCCAUUAUUAACGCUGUCUACAGAUAUAAGUUCUACAGUACUGGGAAACCACUGGAGUUUUAUAAUUAUCAAGUGUUUGGUAUAAUGACACCGAAAAAUGUUUGCGUUAGGGUUGAAAAACGCCAACAAAAUUGA